CCGAGACAUUCUUCUUUGAAUUUUUGAAAAUUUUGAUUGUUUCAAUGAAUCCUUUUUUCUUGGUUUUCAUGUUUUUUGGCAUUUAUCUUUAAUAAUGAUUUCAUACUCUAGAGGUUUGAAAUUUAUAUGUCAUGAGGAAAUUUCAUCCGAUUUUUAUAGUAGUUUACACUUUACAGGCAAACCUAAAUUAACGGGCAAAGUUGCAUGGCUUAGUUACUCUGUUGUUUGGAACAUUUUGCAUGAAAUUGAAAAAGUAAAGUGAUCUGAUAAAGUAUAAAGCCAAUUAGUUGUGAUUUUGUUUCUUCAUUUAUCUUAAAGAGUGCUUUUGAUACUUUCGCGAUUGAAAAUUGUUUGCAUUUCAUUCUAUUUUGGUUCUGAGAUCUGCGGAAUCUAACCUAAUUUUCAUGCCACUCUAUUCUGCAAAUAGAUCGUGCCUCUCUUAUAUAGAAGCCAUUCAUCAAUUCAUUUCAAGGCUGCCAGAAUCAUGCUUGAUUAAGUUCUCAUAGAUCGAUUCUCAGCUCUUUCCUUCAUGUUAUAUUAGGUGCACUUUUUGUUCAUGGUUCAAAACUUGCUUAGAAUUUCAGCAUUUAGGAUUUAAAAUCUUUGUCAUUUGUGUAGAAGAAAAGUUUGGGCCUAAGAUAAAAUCAUUUCACUUCAUAUCAUUUUUGUAUCUCUCUUGUUAAUUGGUUUUACAGCUCAUACUUAGAAUGAAGAUUUACUACUUUCUUGGUAGGGUAGCAAAUGCUUAGCUUUCCUUUUUGCUAUUCUAAUCUUGGUUGGAGAUAGAUGGCUGGCGUUUUUUUCCUAUUUGCAUUCUCUCUCUCUCUCUUUCUCUCUCUCUUGCUUCUAUUAGCUGAUGAAGUGAACCAUCUCUUAGAAUCUUUUGUUGUCUUAGCUGAGGUUGUGGCAGGAUCAACAGCAUGGUUGGGUCGAGGUCUUUCUUGUGUUUGUGCACAGAGAAGAGAGAGUGAUACUCGUCCAUCAUUUGAUUUAACCCCUUCCCAGGAGGAAUGCUUGCAGAGGCUGCAGAAUCGUAUAGAUAUUGCCUAUGAUAGUUCAAUCCCAGAGCAUCAGGAAGCUUUAAGGGCCUUGUGGAAUGCUGCAUUUCCAGAAGAAGAACUACGUGGUUUAAUAUCUGAGCAGUGGAAGGAAAUGGGGUGGCAGGGGAAGGAUCCAUCGACAGAUUUUAGGGGUGGUGGUUUUAUAUCAUUGGAGAACCUGUUAUUCUUUGCUAGAAAUUUUCCAAAAUCCUUCCAGGAUCUCCUUUGGAAACAGGAAGGUGAUCGCUCUGUGUGGGAAUAUCCAUUUGCUGUGGCUGGUGUGAACAUCACAUUCAUGCUCAUUCAGAUGCUUGAUCUUGAAGCAGUCAAACCAAGGACAAUUAUUGGAGCAAUUUUCUUAAAGUUCCUAUCAGAAAAUGAAUCAGCGUUUGAUCUUCUCUAUUGCAUCACAUUCAAGUUAAUGGACCAUCAAUGGCUUUCCAUGCGUGCAUCGUACAUGGACUUCAAUACAGUGAUGAAAGCUACCCGUCGUCAACUAGAGAGGGAGCUUCUGCUCGAAGAUAUAACACGGCUGGAGGAUCUGCCCUCAUACGGUCUUCUUACGCGAUAAUAUUAGCGGCUGAAAGACUAAACAAGUGUUUCUGUGAUGGCAAGAGCCAAGAUGCGUGCUAUGAAUUAGACACGUCGCCUUCCUUUCACCAGAUGUCUUUUAAGAUAGACUAGAUAAAUGUACAUGUGCUUUUUUCAAACAAGUGGUAGUGGUGUUCCCUUUUUA